AUGUCGCGCACACAGUCUCACAAGGUUACGCCCGCAGUGCAAGCUCGUAUUUCAGACUGCCAGCUUGUCAACCGCGAAACGAGCGCGAAGAAGGUCGCAGACUACCGCGACACACUCUUUAUCCUUCAAGAAGAACAAUUUGAGAAGAAAGGACAUCCCGAAGGCUCCCCUUGGCAGGUCUGGUUCCGCGAAAUUUCGCAGUCUCUCCCUCCGCCCCUCGACACAUCCGACCCAAACAACGUAUCAGGACUAUCUGUGUAUGACUUCCACGAUCCGCAAACGAGGAAUGUUGUGCUCAAGAAGGAUGCGGCGUUCCUUCCGAAGAAUAUUUUCUUCCGCACAGUAGACACGGGGAGAUUGUUACCAAUGGAGUGUGCGGAUUUCAGGAUCGAAUGGUAUGCACAUGAGAGCCAUUGGGAGGGCGUCGAUGACAUGCAGAAGAAGGAGAAAAAUGCUCCGAGUUGGGAGGCGUAUACGCUCGCAAUCAUGAUUCACGAACUCGUCGUCCUUCGCAAUAUGCACGAUCAAGGAGGUGCAGAUAUCCCUGUCGUUGUCCUCAACUGGUCAAAUCGUACCAUAGGCCUCGCCAUGGACUACUGGGUGAAUAUGAGCAAAGGAAUCUGGGCGGACAAGCCCGAAGAACGCGACAAAGAGUUCCAGCACGUCUACGACCACACUAAGGAAGAUGGUCUUCCGUGCUUUUACCAGGCUGACCUUCUUGUGCGAUCCUUAAUCCACGACGAAGCAGUAGGCUAUGUACCUCCUUUCAUUGUUUUCCAACAACGAGACACUGCGCACGGAAAAUCUCGCAUCCUCUUCACUUCUCCUCUCAACACGCCUCCUCGCACCUUCCUCGCCUCCUUCCCUGUCGGCUGCAACAGCCCCCACUGCAACAACCCCACAUGUGCCUCCUUCCUCUUCCACCUCCCCCCCUCCGAUCCUCUCUCGAGACACGCUUAUGCCACCCUCGCGGGCAACACCCCGAUGGUCCGCGACCGCAAAAAGACGCAAAACGAGAAGUUGUUGAGAUGUCAAAGGUGUAGAGAAGUCGUUUAUUGUUGCAAGGAACACCAGACAAGAGAUUGGAAGUCGCAUAAGAAGAUUUGUGAGAAACGUCAAUAG